UCGCAUCGAAGAAGAAUCCGGUGUUUUCGACUGUUCUAGUAGUUUGGGGUCGAAAAUGGCUGUUCCAGGUGUGAAUAAGGAUAACAUUCGAGCUGGAUGUAAAAGAUGUGGCUAUCCGGGUCACCUAACGUUCGAGUGUCGUAACUUUGUGCGCGUGGACCCAAGGAAAGAUAUCGUUUUGGAUGUUAGCAGCACGAGCUCUGAGGAGAGUGAAGACGAAGCAGAACAGGAACCUGUCAGGAAGGAGAAGAUCUUUGGGAGCAGUCGCUCCAAGGAUUCCAGCAACGGUUCUAAAAAGGAGAAACACAGAAAGAGAAGUAAAGAGAGAAAAACAAAGAAGCGGUCUCACUCGUCCAGCGAUGAUGAUGAUGAUGAGGAAGGAAGCCACAAAAAGAAGAAAAAAAGCCAUAAGAGGAAAAGCAAAAAGGAAAAGCAAAAGAAAGAGAAGAAGAGCUCUAAAAAACAGAAGAAGAAACACACACAAUCCUCCUCAUCGGACAGCUCCAGUUCAUCCUCAGAUUAAAUGUAGUUUUUAUUGAAUUAAUGAACAAUACCCGACUGCAACUCUGGGCUGAAAUUUCUGAAGCUUAAGGCUGUGUUUACAUUGCAUUGUUGGCAUCCAUUACAGACUGAGCUGAUGUGUGCUGCUGGAUUAUUUGUGGGCGAGGUCGAUUUUCCCAGAUCACUAAGAAACCAGCAAACCAGCGUCCUAAACGUUACCAACACUAAUGGUGCUGUACUAUUUAAUGUAUGUGGAUUGGGACAAGAAAUGCUUGUUAAUACUCAGCUUUCCUGUAAUCUUAAGUCAACAUGCUGUUUAAGACUGUAAAAGCCACACAAAUAUCCAGACAAAUAAUAAUAUUAGUGUAAUCUGACUCAUUAUUCUCAUUCAGUUUGAGAUGGAUGUUCUGUAGAGAGAGAGAGAUUCAGUCUGGGUUAAGUAGUUUUACCUGACUGUUUACCUUUGAUUUGUUUCUUUAUCUCUCUCUCUGACGUCAAUGAAUCUUAUUCAGAUCGGCUGGCUAUUGUCUUAACUCGGAACUUUUUAAAAACAUAUGCAUAUAACCUCUCAAUACGUUCUUUUUAUUCUUAACAAGAAGUUGUAAACACAGCCUUAGGAUCUUAAGUCCCAAAUUAAAAUUGUUUCUCAGAGCUGAGUGUGAAUGCCGGAGGUAUUUUUUUUUUAAUAAGAUGCGAUGUUCCUGGAAUCAUGUUCCUCUUGUACAGGUUUCUUUUUAUCUGUGCUCGUGGUCUUGCUGUAUUUUCACAGUGUUGUAUUAUUUUGUAUAGAAAUAAAAAGAAAGCACAUGCUGUCCUAAACGUC